AUGGAGGAUGCCUUUAUUAUAACCAAUUUCCACUCGCUCUGUCGAUUAUGUCUCAACAAAAGUACAUUCGCAGUGUCAUUAUUUGGAGCAGCACCAGAUGAUGAAAGUAAUAUUUCUCUAACCUCUAAAAUAGCAGAAUGUUUUGAACUGCAGAUGGACCCUAGUGAUGGGCUUCCCAGCAGGAUAUGCUACAAAUGCCUAUUUAAAUUAGACAAAUGCUGUAAGUUCAAAUUACAGUGCAUACAAAAUGAGUCGAGAUUGAGACAAAUCACAUCUCGAUCGAAUGACAUGGACAACUCCAAUUCAUCAGAAGUAAGUACCUAUAAUUAUACAAAUUGUCAAGAUUCCCUUAAGCCAAAACCUGAGGAUUUCAUUGUAGAAGACAGUGUUGUUAUGGUUGUUGAUCCUAGUCUUGACUAUGACUCUUCUGAAGAGUCCGAAACAAAUGAGCAAGCUGAUACUGAACCCAGCGAACGAGUCAACACCCCAGACGGUGAACCAGUAACAGAAUCAGUCUUCAAGAAUGUUUUCAUGUGUCAGUAUUGCGAUCAGGCAUUCGUCUCACAAGAUAAAUGUACUCAACAUGAAGAGAAUUACCAUGAUCGCAAUUUACCAUAUAAGUGUGUGGAAUGCAGUUUAGUUUUUGCUGAAAGAACACAAUACGUACAGCACACAAAACAAGUCCAUGGCAAUGACAAACCCUACCAUUGUCCAGAAUGUGACAAAUGUUUCGGACGUAGGUCAGAUUUAAGGAAACAUUCUGUUGUACACACUGGAAUAAGACCAUAUCAGUGUCAUUAUUGCUUAAAAAGUUUCUCACGUAAUACUAAUUUGAGUAAACAUCUAAGAAUCCAUGCAGGCCAUAAGCCACAUGUUUGCCCUUUGUGCCCAAGAAGUUUUGUAGCAAAAGGUGAUUUACAAAGGCAUAUACUUGUCCAUUCAUUUAUGAAACCUUUUGUGUGCAAGAAAUGCCCUUUAUCAUUUGGCAGGAGAGAUAAAUUAUUAAAACAUGAACUCCGACAUGGGCCUGCAGAUACAGAACCCAAAACUGAAUUUGAAAAUGAUGAUACUCAUGAUAUGGUAGUAAAUGUUAACCCUUUUAGUAACUUAAUGACAUCAUCAACACAAGUAAAUCCAGAUUCAUCUAAUGUUGAUUAUGACUUACCCAGAGUUCCAGAUCAUAUUUCAGGGGAAAGUAGCUUCAUGAAUCAAGUUCCGAAUCAGAAUAAAACCAGAACUACAUCCACUUCUGCAAAACAACUGCAGAGCUCCCCUACCAAAUCUAAAAUUCUAGCCAAGAACAGACCCAAAAAUAUAAAAUGUCAUCAGUGCCCCAAAAGAUUUUCAUCUUUAGAUGCUUAUAAAACUCAUGUGUCUGUAGCUCACAUUGGAUCAAGAAUAUUCCAAUGUAAAAUUUGCUUCAAAAAAUUUUCACGAAAAAGGGAAUUAGAUAGACACGCUGCUUUACAUACAGGCAUGAAGCCCUUUUCGUGUAGUCAGUGUGAUAAGAAGUUCACCAAAAAAGAUAAAUUAGAUAAACAUGAACAAACUCAUGAAUGCUUGGUUGUGAAUAUGCCUUGCAUAGAAUGUGGUGCCACUUUUGAGAAAAAAGCAGACUUAGUGGCACACAUUAAAUCACAUUUUACUGAUAACUUUGAUGAUAAGAGUUCAGAGACUGAGAUAAAGAAAGAAAAUGAACCUGAUUUUCCUUUGAAUGAUAAUUUUUAUGAUUUAGGAACUUGA